AUAUGUUGACGGAUUCUUCUGCUUAAUAGACCUUCCUGUCAACGAACCGAAAGACAUAGAACUUACCCAUGAUAUGGGUAUCGGAGAUUUCGAUGAGCGAGACUUCGAUCUUGACAUUUCUGAAGAUGUACACCAGGAGAUCUCCGAUAUACUAUCAACUCCGGUUCCAUCCGCUACUGCAGGACCAACUACGCGAGUUGAUUCAGCUGAAGUAGGUGCAUCAAAAGACGUAGGACCAACCAACGAAGUUGAUGCGUCUACCGUCAUUGGUGAAUGUGAUCAACCUGAAGGUUUGGGUUUCUUACUUCUGGCAAGUCCUCCAGCUGAAGUUGAACCACCAGCCACUGCUCCUUCGACUUCCGCUAUUGUCGAAGCUGAACCUGUUGUGCCUUCUGCUCCGACUCCAGUGGAUCAUGAAGUAGGAGGGUCGAAGGCUACAGUGGAAGAGCAACCUCCUGUUACUUCGGCUCAACUUGGUAUGUCUCAUCUAGUUGUGCUUCGAAGUUAG